AUGGAUGCCGUAGAGUCGCCCAAUACCACCUCCGAGUCGGGUACCCUCAGCCCAGCGCACUUUAUCCACUCACGCAAACGGAAGUACUCGGGCUCUACAGAUCGUCCCACACGCGAGUAUGGCUUGAUGCGAGACACGGGUCAGCAUGACACCGCUCGUUUCGUCGGCAGUGGCAGCGGCAUUCACUUUAUCCGGGGUGUUUACGUGAGGCUCGCCCGCAAGUCCGCACUCAGGACAUCCCAGUCUAACAACAUCAACGAUCUAGUCCCUGGGGAAGACGACCAGCUCCAUCAAGAGACAUCAUCCCGUGAUGGCCACGAGCAGAACCUCUGGCGAAGCUCUGAGCUGAUAUCAGAGCCCGAGGGCAAUGAACUCAACACCUCCUUUGAGCACCUUGUCGACUGGUCCAAAAGCUACUUUGAAGAAUGGCACCCGACACUUCCUUUCCUCCGCGCCCUAGAUGUGCUGAAACUCUUUGAGAAAGUCACUGCUGGUGGGGUGGCUGCCCUCAGCCAUCUCGAGCGCUCGAUCGUCAAGUCGAUACUGUCAAUCUCUCUAGCUGACAGCCGCCAAAAAGCUCCCUUUGCCCAGCCAGUUCCAGCGUCCCUCGUUUUUCGUACAGUCGAGGAGGCAAUGUCGGCGUCUCAAUUCGCCCUCUACCAACCGGCCUCGAUCCAAACUACACAAGCGGCACUUGCUAUCCAGCUUUUCCUUGUCUCCAUGCUGAGAUUGAACUCGGCAUCAAGGUUAGGCGGCUUGAUAGUUCGGAUGGCCUUCCACCUCGGCCUACAUCGGUGUCCGUUGAGAUACCCAUUUUUCACCAAAGAAGAGGCACAUUUGCGCCGACGCGUCUUUUGGUGCAUAUACUGCACGGAACGAUUUCUCUGCCAAGCCCUUGGCCUUCCCUUGGACAUCCGGGAUGACGACGUCGAUGUGUGUUAUCCAGGCGAAGAAAAGCACGGAACUCUUACCCACCCCGACGAUGACAGGCUGCAACUACUCACUUACCUUGUAAAGCACGCGCGCAUACGAGGGCUGAUUUUGGAGUUGAGGAACAAAUCAAUACACUCCCGGGAUGAUACCGCAGAUCGAGCUAGUUACGUUCAAGUAGAGCUGGCAAAAUGGUCAAACGAAAUCCACGACGCGGUUGAAGACGAGCAUACGCAUGAUGAAACCGCACCUCAACCACCAAUGUCUGCAAGACAUCGGAUUUUCUUGCUCCUGCUGAAAUACGAGUCAAUGAUAUCUCUCAACCGACCGAUGCUGACUUCCGAUCCCUCGAGUCCCGCGUACUCGACUGGCUUACAAAACUGCAUCUUUGCGGCGAAAUCCAUCUUCAUUGCCCUGAAAAGGCAUCAUAGCCAGAACAAGAUCCCAGAAGACCCUACGAGCGCCUGUUGGCUUGAGCCCUUGCUUCAGCCAUCAUUCACAUGGGCGGUGUGGAUCAGUGCCUUCAUUCUCAUAUAUGCUGGCUUUGAACGGCAACUACCUUUGUCAAGCGCGCUGAAACACGUUGAAUCAGGCAAGGAUAUUCUUCGUCAUAUCGCCUCUCGCGACACAUCCUGGCCCGAGUACUGUCUCUCAGCUGUCGAUGAGCUCACGGCUGCCGUAAGAGAACUGUCUGUACCGAAUAAUCUGCUCCAACGACAGCCGAGCACCAGCAAUCUAGCACCAAAUAGCCAUUUUCGAACAGACCUUGGGCAGACAGCACGACCAAGCAGUAGUUCCAACAUACCCAGAGGACUAAGAUCCGACUCAACCAAUACACAGCCGACUGGAUCCAGCCUACGAGCCCGAUUCUCCCCAUCUGUCGCCGCAUCCUCGGGUCGGCCAGAUGAUCAAGGCCUAGUCACACCGGACAAUACAAUUUGGUCACAGAACCGAGGCGACGGACUUUCAGGACCAGAAGACCAUUCUGGUAGAUGGCCCACCCAAGCCUCACCAGCAUCGGGCCCAUCGGUCAACGCGGCGUGGGCCGCUAGCACGCCCGGGACUCAGUCUGGCUUCCAGGCAGCUACGCAACAGGAGUCUCCCAAUUUUGACAGCCAGCAUUCCUACCUGCAUCUGAGUAUCACGUCGUUCCCCGCGAUGGAUACAUCUGAGAAUGCACCAGGCGAGGGCCAGGAGUUCAUGGUCUGGUAUGACCAGCUGUUUGCCAAUUCUUUUGGUGCCAUUGACAAUCCGUUCCUGUCUGCGGCACAAUUUGAUCCAUCUGUAGACCCUACGUGGUCGUAUCUUCGAUGA